AUGUUUGAUGAUUGGGCUAACGCGGUUUUGUACCAACUUGAAGCGCUCCGUUUGCCUUGCCUCUUUCCGUAUCCCUGCCGCUCAACCACCUUCGUAGGCAAAAUACAGUCUCACGCCGGCGCAAGAACGACAAACGCCGAUAGUAAUGAACUCAACAAGAGAUUAAACACGGUUAUUGGGAGUACCAUUUCGAAUUGGGGAGUCGAAUGCACCAGAUUCGAGGUUCAAACCUUCAAACCCGCCAACAGAGAAGUCGAGCGUCAACUUGAACUCCAAAUGGAGGCAGAACGAAAUCGUCGGAAGCAACUUCUGGACACCCAAGCCCAAAUCAAUGUUGCCGAGGGCCAAAAACAACGGGUCAUCUUGGAAAGCGAGGGUCAUCUGGAAGCCAAGUCAAACGAAGCGGAUGCACACUUCAAGACAGUAGUCAGGGAAGCCGAGGCACGGCAACAGCAAGCCCUUAUGGAGUCCUCCGUGAUCGCCCAGCAGGUCGAGAAUAUCGCGCGCUCGAUCGCCGCGAAUAAAGACGAUGUCCGGCCAGAAGAGCGUCAACGUGCUUUGGCGACUUUGGUUGACCUGAAACGCCUGGAACAGCUCAGAGCUAUUUCCCAAAGCAAGAGCAACUCGACCUAUUUCUUUGGCGACAAGUCAGCGCUGGGCGUGUCGAGCGAUGCUUUCAAUGUCGAUUAUGCGCAACACGUGAAAGCGAGCUUUGAAAACCGACGGAGUCGGGUCGAAGGGGCGUUGUAA